AUGGCUGUCAAACUCGAUCUGCGUAAUGCCUUCAACAGCGUCAGGAGGGACCGUAUAAUGGAGGUAUGCGUCGAGAGGGCUCCGGAGAUUUCCCAGCUUGUCUCCUCUCGUACGGGGAAGACACCUCACUUAUCUUUGGGGAUAAAGUCAUCCGUUCUCGAACAGGAGUCCAACAAGGCCCCUCUUGGACCAUUACUAUUCGCCUUAGCAAUCGACGAGGCUGUACGGUCAAUCCUCUCACCAUUCAAUUUAUGGUACCUGGACGACGCCACCAUUGGCGGCUCAGUUGAAUCCAUCACCGAGGACCUAUCCCGCCUAAUCCCUUCUUUGCGCAACCUUGGACUGAACGUUAACGUGGAUAAAUCGGAAAUCCUAAACCUCAACUACCCUGAGGCGGAUUUUCCGAAUGUCAACAUGACAAUUCAAGGCUUCAUCGCUGGUGCACAAACAAUCCAGCCAUCAGAAGCAACCUUCCUUGGAUGCCCUUUAACCCCAUCUGGCCUAAAGGCCCAUCUGGCGAAGAAGGACUCUGAAUUCCGUAACCCACCUCACAGCAGUCUCUUGGAGUUAGACUCACACAUCGCUUUCUUCCUUAUGAAAAACAGCAUACACAUGCCGAAACUUCUUUACACGCUCCGCUGCCUGCCAUGCUACUCGCAUCCAGACACUUUGACUCACUUGGAAAAAUCACUGAAAUCUUGCACGGAAGCAGUCCUGAACAUCUCUUUUGACGAAAUCGGCUGGACUCAAGCGAAACUUCCCGUCAGGUUUGGUGGGAUCGGUCUUCGCUCGCCAAAAGAUCUGGCUCCACAUGCACACUUCUCUUCAAUUUCCAGAAACCGGCAACUUGUCCGAGAGGUUCUACUCCCCUUCAACGAACUCUCUCUGGUUGCCGACUGCCGACCUUCUGGAAUUCUGGACUGA